AUGAAGGAUAGCAAAGGUGGGUUUUUGGAUGAUAAUGAUAAGUUCGGGCUUCAAGGCCCGGAAGAAGAGCUGCAAACACUCAAAGAUUGGAAAGAAAAACAGAAGCAGGACCAUAUAGUCAAGGACUUGGCACCACCUUUGGAUUUAGCCAACGCUCCAAAGUGUUUUGAAUGCGGAUCGCUCGAAAUCGAUCCAAACCUCUUCACUAACUUCGGCGCGCGUGUGUGCCGCCGCUGUAUGCGAGAGAAACAAGACAAGUAUGCUUUGCUAACAAAAACUGAAUGCAGAGAGGAUUAUUUACUUACAGACCCAGAGCUUCGAGACACGUCGCUUUUGAAACGUAUUGAGAAGCCAAAUCCUCAUGGCUUUCUGCGCAUGCAAUUGUUUCUACGGUACCAGGUGGAAGAGGUUGCGUGGAAAAAAUGGGGGUCGUCCGAGGGACUCGACGCCGAGUGGGAAAAAAGAGAGCGGGUGCGGCUCGAGCGGAAAGAAAAACGCUACCGCGAGAAAAUGAAGGAAAUGCGCAAAAAGACUCGGGCGGAGGAAUACACGCAAAAAUUGCGUAACGGCGAAUCUUUGGGUGAGCGGCAUGAACAUCUGUGGUCAGCGCCAUUGGCUGUUGGCGACAACGAAAAAAUGGUGAGAAGACGUUGCAUAGAUUGCGGAAUCGAAACGGAAGAAAUUAUUAUAUAG